GCUUGUCACAACCGGAGGAGGCUGGGAAGAAAAGGAGUGUUGUGUAUCGAGGCCGUCUCUGGAAAGUGUGAACACAAUCACUGCCGCUGGAAUGACCGUCCUGGCGGGUCAUAUAUCAGUCGUUUACUGAGGAUAUACGCUUACCGGGAUAUAAUGUAUGUGGACAUUGAUCUCUGAGUUGGAGAAAGGGGGGACGAUUUUUUACCCUGCUGUCUCGGAUGCCGCAUUUCUUGUUGCUUUGGUCUGUCGCUGGCAGCUGCUCCUCACAGUAAUACAAAACACACACUGCUGCUAUUGAAAGAUGUGUGUGUGUGUGUGUGUGUGUGUCUGCUGCGAUCCGAAAGACUCCCAAUGGAAGGAAUUUGUUGAUCGCAGCGGGAACGGGUUGGACUCUUUUUUUUAUAAUAAGAUAAAAUACAUUAUCGGCUGUUUGAAAAGCAGGGCCCGUUCGUCUACGGGAUGACACCGGUGCUACUUACCGUUAGCGUGUGCUUGCUAACGGAAUCAAAGCUGCCUCUGUGAAGUGGAUUCAUCACUAACACUGGAAAUUACCUUGAGAUACAGAAAUCACAAACUGAAUCAAACAAGUAGCCUUUUUUGGGAAAAUCACCUCCCCUUUUUACGCAAGAGAGAAGGUAUCAUGUUGUGGUGCCAUUUUUUGGUUCUUCUACUAAAUAGCCUUAAAUUUAGGAGUGGAUUAAAAGGAGGACCACCGUAUUAGUUGAAUCAAGUCUGGUUAUUUGGUUUUGGACUACUGCUGUCUCAGGGUAAGAAGGUUUUGGACUACUGCUGUCUCAGGGUAAGAAGACCAACGCUUGGAGCUUCAUCUGCACCCGACAGUAUCAUGCCCCCCCCCGGCCAACAGCUGCUACCCACAUAGAGGUCAGACUUUAGAGGUUGCUCCGCCUCUCGUUCUGGGCCAUCGCCACAGAGGAUGCUGGGAAUGUGUCGCGGGCGCAGGAAGUUCCUCGCUGCCUCCCUCGCCCUGCUCUUCAUCCCCGCACUCACCUGGCUGUACCUCUCCGCUGGCAACUUCCAAGUGAAGCCCCUCCCCCUGUCACCCCUGUUGCCUCAGUUGUCCACGUUGACGGCCAGGGGCGGGGCCUUGGGAGGGGGUGUGUCUAGGGAGGCGUUGGAGCUGAGGGUCCGUGAGGUCGAAGAGGAGAACCAGCUUCUCCGCCGUGAACUCAGCCGACCCCCCCGGAGCCCUGCUGGCCCUGCUCCGCAUCACGCCAAUCACCGCGGCAACCAGAGCAAGACUCACUCGGAGGAGGGAACAGGGGACAACGAGGCGGGGCUUAAAGCUGGCUCCUCGGGCAACAGGUCAGACUGUGUGCAGCAGCCAGCGGUAGACAAGUGUGAGACCAUUCACGUGGCCAUCGUGUGUGCCGGGUACAACGCCAGUCGUGAUGUGGUGACACUCGUCAAGUCAGUCCUUUUUCACAGGCGAAACCCUCUCCACUUCCACAUCAUAACAGACUCUACUGCCCAGCAGAUUCUAGCGUCUCUGUUCCACACCUGGAUGGUCCCUGCUGUCAGGGUGGACUUCUACGACGCAGACGAACUCAAGGCUGAGGUGUCGUGGAUCCCCAACAAGCAUUACUCAGGUAUCUACGGUCUGAUGAAGCUGGUGCUCACCAAGACCUUACCUCCAGACUUGCAGAAAGUCAUCGUCCUGGACACAGAUAUCACCUUCGCUACGGACAUCGCUGAGCUCUGGGCCGUCUUCCACAAGUUCAAAGGUCAGCAGGUUCUAGGUCUGGUGGAGAACCAGAGUGACUGGUACCUGGGGAACCUGUGGAAAAAUCAUCGGCCCUGGCCCGCCCUGGAGAGGGGCUUCAAUACAGGUGUGAUCUUGCUGCUUCUGGACCGACUGAGGAAGCUGCGAUGGGAACAGAUGUGGAGACUGACAGCAGAGAGAGAACUGAUGAGCAUGUUGUCUACAUCACUGGCUGACCAGGACAUCUUCAACGCUGUGAUCAAACAGAACCCCUUCCUGGUUCACCAGCUGCCCUGCUUCUGGAACGUUCAGCUGUCAGACCACACCCGCUCUGAGAAGUGCUACAAAGAUGUUUCAGACCUCAAGGUGAUCCAUUGGAACUCUCCUAAGAAGCUGAGAGUGAAGAACAAGCAUGUAGAAUUCUUCAGGAACCUCUACUUAACCUUCCUGGAGUACGAUGGAAACCUCCUGAGACGAGAACUCUUCGGGUGCCCCAGCGAGACAGACCACAACAGCGAAAACCUCCAGAAGACUCUGUCAGAGCUGGAUGAAGAUGAUCCAUGUUAUGAGUUCCGGCGGGAGCGUUUCACGGUUCACAGGACUCACCUCUAUUUCCUUCACUACGAAUAUGAACCCAGCACUGACCACACGGACGUUACACUGGUGGCACAGCUCUCCAUGGACAGACUCCAGAUGUUGGAGGCUAUCUGUAAACACUGGGAAGGUCCCAUCAGCCUGGCCCUGUAUCUCUCUGAUGCUGAGGCUCAACAGUUCCUGCGCUACACCCAGGGGUCAGAGGUCCUGAUGUCCAGGGGGAACGUGGGCUACCACAUCGUCUACAAGGAGGGCCAGUUCUAUCCGGUCAACCUGCUCAGGAACGUUGCCAUGCGACAGGUCAACACGCCCUACAUGUUCCUGUCAGAUAUCGACUUCCUGCCCAUGUAUGGCCUCUACGAGUACCUCAGGAAGUCUGUGGUUCAGCUGGACAUGGCUAACAAUAAGAAAGCGUUGGUGGUGCCGGCCUUCGAGACGCUCCGUUACCGUCUGUCUUACCCCAAGUCCAAGGCUGAGCUGUUGUCCCAGCUGGACAUGGGGACUCUGUUCACCUUCAGGUACCAUGUCUGGACGAAGGGUCACGCUCCCACUAACUUCGCUAAGUGGAGGACUGCCACCACGCCGUACAGGGUCCAGUGGGAAGCGGACUUUGAACCCUACGUGAUGGUGAGACGGGACAGUCCAGAGUACGACAGACGCUUCGUUGGCUUUGGGUGGAAUAAAGUGGCUCAUGUCAUGGAGUUGGAUGCACAGGAGUAUGAGUUUGUGGUUCUGCCCAACGCCUAUAUGAUCCACAUGCCUCAUGCUCCCAGUUUCGACAUCACUAAGUUCCGCUCCAACAAGCAGUAUCGCGUCUGCCUGAAGACCCUGAAAGAGGAGUUCCAACAGAACAUGUCUCGACGAUACGGCUUCGCUGCCCUCAAAUACAUGACUGCAGAGAACAACAGCUAGCCAACACUGAUGAGCCAGGACACUCUGACCCGUUAUUGACUACACUACCCAUAACCCCCCCUCCUCCUCCUCCUCUAAGGCUGUCUAGGACUACACUACUACCCAGGAUCCCUCUGGGCUGGGCAGAGGAGAGGGAAAGAGCGGUGGAUUCGAAGGACAGUCGAUGUAGGGAGUCAGGAGUGGACAGAAUGGUUACUAAAGACUCUUACCACGAACUCUGACCUUUGUGCCGACCAAUCCAUGAGGUUUAAAUUGUGAGCUCUGAUUCUUGUGAACUCUCACCUUUUUAGUUUUGGGGUUUAUGACCUGGUUUGAGACAAACCAGCGUUAACCAACUGAAGGGUAACCGGGGGUAACCGUAAGGUCGUUGUGUGCCAUUGUUUAACCCCUCCGAGGACCGGGUGGAGCAACCGGUCCAGGAGUUGCUGACCUGGUUUCUGGCUGGUUUCUGGCUGGGCGAGGAAGCUGUUGCUGUGAUGGAUGAGUCUGUACAGGCUGGUUUGGACUCUUACAACUCUCCGUUCUUCUCUAACAACAGAACUGGACAUCACUAUGGGAGGGAGGGA